CACUGAACCACUAACGAACGUCUGCUCCUCCUGCUCUGGUCUCAUUGUUCUCACGCUUCUCUCUUCCUCUGCAGCCACGAUGCUGAGGGGUCUCUCGGGCCGAUGGGGUCUUCUCCUCCUGGCUGCUAUGAUUCCUGGCAUCAGCUCUUUCUCGCCUGCCUACGACUCUGAGGGACAGCCUCAGAUCGCCCUGCCGGUCCUGCAGCCCACCGAGGCCACUCCUCCAUUAGGGACCUACAUUCUGAAAGGUCUGGAUGGGAAAACGUGUAUCAAAGCCACCAUGGGAGUGGAGUUCAUCGUCAUCCAGAAGAAGACCUGGUAUUUCAGCCUGGACCCGUCCAGGAUCAGGACGAGCGGCUACUGUGGCAAAGAAGUUGCUGUUCUCUCUCUCACGCUGCCGGGAAACGCUGCCAGUCUGCAGCUCACCUUCAAAAAGGAAAAUAAAGUUUUCUACAUCACCAAGCUGACUUCUCACCUGUCGCCUCUGCCUGUUUGCCCAAAAUGUGCCAAUAAGACGUUCUCUGGCUUGUUGGACCACGACAAGUUGUUCAAAUCCAAGAACGGUAACAGCUUCGCCUGCAAAUCUGAGAAUUUGCUUUUGAUGUCGUCCGAGCUGCAGAUCAAACUGGUCCCGCUGAAGUUUCAGGCCUUCACUCUGACCAAAGGAGGCUAUGGAAAAGAGGUGGAGUGCUGGGCUGACUACAACAAGCGGGUGCUUCCCAUCAUCAUCGGGGCCGCAGUGGUGGGCAUCCUCCUCAUCGCUGUGCUGACCUUCCUCUUCAUCAAAGACCGCAACAGACAAGGCUACGAGGAACUCUGAGGAAUUGACUCCAUCUCAAAGAAUAUUUCACACGAAGUCACAAAAGGUUUUCAAAGUCUUCUCCUGAACAUGGAUUUUAAUUUUUAUUCCACCGAUGUUUCUCAUAACAACAUAUUGUUAAAAAUGCAAAAAACAAAUAUUGUUAAAUGUAUUUAUUUGACUUCUAGUUAUUAGCUUGGAAAAUAAAUAUACUUCACAUUUUUAUUUUCUCUUUGUAACCGCUGUGAACCUGAAAUUCAGUUUGUUUUAAAUGUGUCUUUAACUUCUGUGAGGACUUUAGUUCACUGCUGAAAGUCAGUUUGUUUUAAUUUUCUUAUUUGUUGUAUUUUAAAAAGUUAUUUAAUAAAAACGGAGACUGAAAAGUAGUUAUUGAACCUUUAAAGGCCACAAGAUUAAGAAUUGUACACAAACAAAAUCCAUCAUCAACUCAGAUGGAUGCAUUCCAGGUGCCUGCUGGUCCUGGAUCUGUUUACCUACUGCACAAAACUGUGAAAUGUAUCAGAUUCUGUUUUAAAUUUGUUCUGGUUUGCGACGUCUCUCUUCUUGUCAAUAAAAUGCAAUUAAUGGUUUAA